GCGGCUCUGGGGGCUCGGCUCGGCCGCGGCUCCGUGCACUUGGGCGCGAGCUGGAACGUGGAACGGAGCUCCGGUCCCCGCGCAGCCACCGCGAUGAGAGGCGCUCGCGGCGCCUGGGAUCUGCUCGGCGUCCUGCUCCUGCUGCUCCGCGUCCAGACAGGCUCUUCACAACCGUCUGUGAGUCCACAAGAACCAUCUCCUCCAUCCAUCCAUCCAGCAGAAUCAGACUUAAUAGUUGAUGUUGGUGACGAGAUUCGACUGCUCUGCACCGAUCCUGAAUUUGUCAAGUGGACUUUUGCAUCCCUGGAUGUACUGAAUGAGAAUCAUCACCAUGAAUGGCUCAUAGACAGCGCCGAGGCCCCCAACACGGGCAAUUACACGUGCAUCAAUAAAGCUGGCCUCAGCAGCUCUAUUUAUGUGUUUGUGAAAGAUCCUGACAAGCUUUUCAUCAAGUCUGACCGUCCAUUGUUUGGCAAAGAAGAUGAGGACACGCUGGUCCCUUGUCUGCUGACCAACCCAGCGGUGACUGGCUUCUCGCUCAGAGGCUGCUCGGGGCAGCCGCUUCCUGAGGACUUGACGUUUGUGGCCAACCCCAAGGCGGGCAUCACCAUUCACAACGUGAAGCGGGAGUACGAUAGGCUCUGCCUGCACUGCGCUGCCGUCCAGGAGGGCGCACGGGUGCUCUCCCCAAAGUUCACCCUGAAAGUGAGGGCAGCCAUCAAAGCUGUGCCCAUUGUGACUGUCUCCAAACCAAGCCAACUUCUUCGGGAAGGGGAAGAAUUCACAGUGACUUGCUCGAUACAGGAUGUGUCUAGUUUCGUGGAAUCAAUGUGGAUAAAGAACAGUCAGCAGACGAAAGCACAGGUACAGAGUAAUAGCUGGCACCAGGAUAACUUCAAAUUUGUACGUCAGGAAAAGUUGAUUAUCAGCUCAGCAAGAGUUAAUGAUUCUGGAGUGUUCAUGUGUUAUGCCAAUAAUACUUUUGGAUCUGCAAAUGUCACAACAACCUUGGAAGUCGUAGAUAAAGGAUUCAUUAAUAUCUUCCCCAUGGUGAACACCACGGUGUUUGUGAACAAUGGUGAAAAUAUCGAUCUGAUUGUUGAAUACGAAUCCUACCCCAAACCCGAGAAUCAGCAGUGGCUGUACAUGAACAGUACCUUUGCCGACAAGUCGGAUGACUACCCCAAGUCAGAGAAUGACAGUAAUAUCCGAUACGUCAGUGAACUUCACCUAACCAGAUUAAAAGCCACCGAAGGAGGCACGUACACGUUUCUCGCGUCCAAUGCCGAAGUUGUUUCUUCCAUGACAUUUAACGUCUAUGUGAACACCAAACCAAGCAUCGUGAAGCACGAGCAGCUGAACAGCGUGUUCCAGUGCACGGCGGAAGGCUUCCCAGAGCCCACCAUCGAUUGGUACUUUUGUCCCGUAUCUGAGCAGAGGUGCUCUGCUCCCACGGGGCCCGUGGACGUGCAGAUCCAGAACUCGUCCACGUCGCCGUUCGGAAUGCUUGUGGUUCAGAGUUCCAUCGACUUCAGCGCCUUCAAGCACAAUGGCACAGUGGAGUGUAGGGCUCACAACGAUGUGGGGAAGAGCUCUAUCUAUUUUAACUUUGCACUUAAAGGUAACAACAAAGAAGAAAUCCAUCCCCACACCCUGUUCACGCCUCUGCUGAUUGGUUUUGUGGUUGCGGCCGGAAUCAUGUGCAUCGUCGUGAUGAUUCUUACCUACAAAUAUUUGCAGAAACCGAUGUAUGAAGUCCAGUGGAAGGUUGUGGAGGAGAUCAACGGCAACAAUUAUGUUUACAUAGACCCAACGCAGCUUCCUUAUGAUCACAAAUGGGAGUUCCCCAGAAACAGGCUGAGUUUUGGGAAAACCUUGGGUGCCGGUGCCUUUGGGAAGGUGGUCGAGGCCACUGCAUACGGCCUGAUUAAGUCAGACGCCGCCAUGACGGUCGCUGUGAAGAUGCUCAAACCAAGUGCCCACCUAACAGAACGAGAAGCCCUCAUGUCAGAACUCAAAGUCUUGAGCUACCUGGGAAACCACAUGAAUAUCGUCAAUCUCCUUGGCGCAUGCACCAUCGGAGGUCCCACCUUGGUCAUUACGGAAUACUGUUGCUAUGGUGAUCUUUUGAAUUUUCUGAGAAGAAAACGCGAUUCAUUUAUUUGCUCGAAGCAGGAAGAUCACGCAGACGCCGCACUUUAUAAGAACCUUCUGCAUUCAAAGGAGCCUUCCUGCAAUGACAGUACCAAUGAGUAUAUGGACAUGAAACCUGGAGUUUCUUAUGUUGUCCCAACUAAGACUGACAAAAGGAGAUCUGCACGAAUAGGCUCCUACAUCGAAAGAGAGGUGGGGCCUGCAGUCUUGGAAGACGACGAGCUGGCCCUUGACCUGGAAGACUUGCUAAGCUUUUCUUACCAAGUGGCAAAGGGCAUGGCAUUCCUCGCCUCAAAGAAUUGUAUUCACAGAGAUUUGGCAGCCAGAAAUAUCCUUCUUACUCACGGUCGAAUCACGAAGAUUUGUGAUUUUGGUCUAGCUAGAGACAUCAAGAAUGAUUCUAAUUAUGUGGUCAAAGGAAACGCUCGGCUGCCUGUGAAGUGGAUGGCACCCGAAAGCAUUUUCAACUGUGUGUACACGUUUGAAAGUGAUGUCUGGUCCUAUGGGAUUUUUCUGUGGGAGCUGUUCUCUUUAGGGAGCAGCCCCUACCCAGGAAUGCCUGUGGAUUCUAAGUUCUACAAGAUGAUCAAGGAAGGUUUCCGAAUGCUGAGCCCCGAGCAUGCACCUGCUGAAAUGUACGACAUAAUGAAGACUUGCUGGGAUGCCGACCCCCUCAAGAGGCCCACCUUCAAGCAGAUCGUUCAGCUCAUUGAGAAGCAGAUUUCGGACAGCACCAACCACAUCUACUCCAACCUGUCGAGCUGCACGCCCAACCCCGAGAGGGCAGUGGUGGACCAUUCGGUGCGGAUCAAUUCCGUGGGCAGCAGCGCCUCUUCCACCCAGCCUCUGCUUGUGCACGAAGACGUGUGAAAGGAGCGAGCACCGGGGGGCCAGGGGGCAUCUCUGCACACCAGGAAGUGCCCCGAGCCCCUUCUUUUGCAUUCUGUAAUGAUUGUUAUGUUUUCCUUCAACUUGCAUCCUGCUCCCAGGUAGUGGACACCCAUGGUCCUCAGUCUUAGACAAGCACCUUUGAGUGACCUUUUUUAUUUCCACUUCUUCUGUGUUUUGUCAGCAGUGGCCCUCUUGUUGCAAGAGCCGAACUGCCCACAUUCCCGCCAGCCAAGUAGCCCUGCUGAAGGCACCAGUAGAUGACUUGGAGAAAGGGAGAGGGCAGGGGUGGUCCGUACCCCAAGUCCUUGCCAAGCCUUCUCCAAUUUCUAUUUGGAAAAAAAAAAUGGUUGCUAGUCCGUUUGACUCACUGAUGGGAGUUGCCUCCCGCCUCCGUAGCCAUUCCUAGUAUUAGGAUGAUGCCGAGAGACGAGAUGCUGAAAUGUGCGCCCUAGAUGAGGGGACAUGGCACAUUGUUAGAACCACGGGCAUACGUCUGGUAACUCUUUGGGCUUAAGGAAUCUAGUGUUUCGUGGUGGGAAGGAGACACAGGCCAUGGGGAAACGCUCCCUGAGCAAGAGUCAAGUGUUGCUGCUAUGCCGGGGCCUUUGUACUACUGACCUGGUUGCUAAAUAGAGUUCGCUGUUUCAGAGCCGCCUUGGAGAGAUGAUCUCCCUGGCCAGCCUUUGUAUAUAUAUAUACUCGUCUCUUAUGUUACGCGUGUUCCUACAUUGGAGAGGGGCUGGACGAAACCCUCAAGGUAUAGUGUCUGGCUCCUGCUGUGGCUUAAGUCAGCUAUACAUUAGAAGAAAUUCAGAGUGGGCCAAGUUGGAAGGAAACAGUUCAUGCUUUUUUUUUCCUCCCCUCCUUUAAGGGAAAAAUAUAACUGCCAAGCACAAUGUUUAAAAAAAAAAACAAAAACACAAAAAUAAAACCAAAAAAAACAACUCCUUUUGUAGCCAAUUAACUUGUUCUGUCGAUGACCCAGAACGAGCCUACCAGCUUCCGAACAGUGUCACGUGCAGUGGAUUGACGCUCCUUGAAAUGUUUUUGGUUUUUGCUGCAUGACUCUGGCAAGACUGAGGAAGCUGUGGCAUGUUGUCCUCGGUCAGAUUCUUCUGGAGUAGGAAAUAUGAGUUAGAUUUUUGCUACCUUUGCAGACGACGUGUCCUGGACACCAGGCCAGUAUCUAUAGCUGUGUGUGCGUGUGUGUCUGUGUGUGUGUGUGCACAUGCUCACACAUGCAUGUGUGGAUGCUUGCAAAUCACUACUGGGUGGGAGCUUGCUCUUGCCCUGAGCCAAUGAGGGUAUUUUAGUGCCCAAUAACUAGCUUGGCCUAUUUUAUUAUUAUUAUUAUUUUUUAAUCCAUACUGCUUUCAACUCUCUUCCCUCACUGUCUAGGAAGCAAACCAGAAAAUCACCCAGAGUGUAGAGGAAGCAGAGUGAUUAUGUACCUGUUUAUCUGCAGCUAGGCUCUCUGCUGUUCCCACUCGACAUACUGUACCUGUUUAUCAAUGCUACUCUCCCAACUGAAACAUACUGAACCGUUACCUUUUAAGCUGUAGUCUGGGUUUUAGAAUUUAUCUCCUCCUUCUCCUUUUUUUGGGGUUACUUUCCAACUCUAAGGGAUCCAUGAUGUGUCCACAUGGUUUGUGUGUUACCUUACAAGGUUCAGUCUGUGGUUCUCAUGGUUCCCCCCGCUUUGGUCACUUAGGUUACAUGUAGACAAUUGGCCACCCCUCCAGAAGUCACUUUUGCACUGGAGUUCUAUGCUCUCGCACCUUCCAAAGGUAACAGGUUUUGGGUUUUGUUGUCACAUAAGAGAUUGUCACUGUUUGCCAUACUUUGUCUAAAAAAAAUUCCUUUGCGUUUCUAUUGACUUUGAUGAUAGUAAGAAAAGUGGUUGUUAAUUGUAGACGUCUUAGGUACUUCAGGGGCACUCCACUGAGAGUUUUGUCUUGGAUAUUCUUGAAAGUUUAUAUUUUUAUAAUUUUUUUUUACAUCAGGUGUUCCUUUGCAGUGGCUUAAUGUUUGAAAUUCUUUUGUCUUUUUUUUUGUAAAUAUUGAAAUGUAGCAAUAAUGUCUUUUGAAUAUUCCCAAGCCCAUGGGUCCUUGAAAAUAUUUUUUAUAUAUACGGUAAGUUUAUGUGUAAAUAUAUGUAAGCGGUGCAAGUUUAAAGGAUGUUAGUGUUCCAUGUUUGUUUGGUUUUUUUCCAGAUAUGUUGUUCAGUUGUUGACAGUUAUGGAGAAUUCUAAUAAAAAUGUAAAUAUAUAA